AUGUCUGGAAAAGCGCACGGCGGAAAGGGCAAAUCGGGCGCGAAAACAGGGUCUAAUUUGAGAUCAACAACGCAUUCAGCCCGCGCAGGACUACAAUUCCCAGUGGGAAGAAUCAAGAGGUACUUGAAGCGGAAUGCGGCCGGGAGAACUAGGGUCGGGUCGAAAUCGGCGAUUUACAUGACUGCGGUGCUGGAAUAUCUCACGGCUGAAGUGUUGGAGCUGGCCGGAAACGCAGCCAAAGACUUGAAAGUCAAGCGUAUCACACCGCGUCAUUUGCAAUUGGCGAUCCGUGGCGACGACGAGCUGGAUACGCUGGUGCGGGCCACGAUCGCGUCGGGAGGUGUUUUGCCCCACAUCAACAAGGCGUUGUUGCUGAAGGUGGAGCGCAAGGGCGCGAAAAACUGA